UGCAGGAAAGUAGCUUGUGUAAGGAGAGAACGCUACUGCAGCCACUGGGCCAGCCAGUAAAUCCACAUGAGAACUCACCGCACUCACAACUGAUCAGACAUAUAACUGAGAUACUACGGACCACAAAUACUGAACUGAGUACAGUCAACAUGCUGGAGGGUCAGUGGUCUGAAGCUUUGGCCAGCAACAACAUCAGACUCAUCAUCCGGUGGCUAGAGAAGUUAACCACUGAAGGUGAUGCUGAUUUGGUGGAAACUCUGCGAACCUUUAGCUGCUGGUUACAGAGGACAUCAGAGUUUGCUAAAAAGGAGUUGUUAACAUUAUGCUACAGCCGCUGCCAGGGUCUGUGGAUGUUCCUGGACAGGAGCUCCUUUGCUAGAGUGCACAUGUUGCUCCAAAGAUUAAAGAACCUACUCACCUUGGCCCAGUGGGCAAGAAAGCAGCAAUGUACAGCCCAUUUAUGGCAUGGUGUGGGCAUUCCAUGUGUACUUUGCAGAGACACAAACAGCUCCUCAAAUGUCAGACAAGACUGCUGGAAUCAAGAACACAGGACUCUGAAUCAAUACAUUUGGCUGGGGCGACUGGUUCAGUGGUGGGGCAUCAUGGGCCUUCUGCCCAAGUUCCCUGAGCCCCAAGAAGUGAAGCGUAUCUCUCAGAUGUGGAAGGAAAUGGGCCUCAGUCAUCGCAAAGCCUGUGCUGAAACACCUGAGUGGGAGAAUGGUGAAAUGGGAAGAUUUAACUUUUUGAUUGAAGGCAUAGUGAUACAGCUCGGCAGAGAACAUGGCUGCAUUUGGACUUCUGAUGACUGCACAGAUCAGCUCUACCCUCCUCCUAAUUUGCAGGCCCUGUUGAAGCUUGUGCUGGUGCCUUGCACUGACAAUAUGUCUGUCCAAGCUAUUCUCAUGUACUUUAUCCUGGAUGUGGCGAAUUUCCUGCAGUGCAAAGAUAACCUUCUCCAGUCUUUCUGCCAUGCUUUCACAAUUCCUUCCAGCUUCUCUCAACAAAUCAGAGCCUUCUGGCUGUUUGAUCACGGACAUGUUAAGGCCUCCAUGGAGCUAUUACUUAGCCCAAAAGCCACUGUUCCCUGGCUCUCCUGGCAGCACCGUUGCAUCAUCCACUCUCUCAUGACAAGGAAGCAGACUCACAUGGCCCUAAGGUACCUCCACUGGACAAGCCCUGCCAUAGAGACUGUUGAGGAUGCAAAGCUAUAUGCAGAUGUGCUUCUUCAAAACAGCUGUGUUUCUGAUGCCUGGGCUCUGUUGAAGAAAAGCCACACACAAAGUGAGGAUAUGGCCAUAUACUUCCUCCAGGCUUGUAAAGGGUUUAAUCUGUGUGAAGAGGCUUUGAAAUACAUUCCUAGGGGAUACAGUGGAAAAGGGGGUAGCAGCAAAGUACCAGAGAUGAAGAACAAAGACUGUUUUGUAGAAAUGCCACCCUGCCCACUGUCUGCAAAGCUGUAUCGGCAUCAGAGAGAAAGCACAGUGUCCUCUCAGCAAGUGGUAAAGCUACUUAAAAAGAGUGUUAUGGAAGUGAGACAACCACAUCCCAGGAUAAGCGAGGUUGUGUGGCCAAAGCCUGCAGAGAACAAAUCCGACAGGAGAGAAAUAUUUCUGUCAGUCCAGGCUCUGAGUUGUCCCACACCCAGCCUGUCCCCAGUGGAUAUGGUGGACGAAAAAGAGGAAACAGCACAUACAGAUGACCAAGAGGAGGAGCAGCAUGUUAUUAAUUAUGAGCAAACUAAGAAACAGGAGCACAUUUCUUCUUCUGGGAAUCUGAGCUCUGUCUCUGCCUCAUCCUUCACCUCGGCAUCAUCAUUUCCUCUGCUAAAACAUCCAUAUGUGUAUAAAAGCACUGUGACUCUGCAGCGAAUUUCUUCUCUGAUUAUUGAUGGAGAAAACCAAAGCGGGGAAGAAGAUGAAGAAGCAGAAGAGACUGAAACCUUCUCACCAGCUGAUUCUCUGCCAGAUCACCGUGAGCUGAUACUGACACCAGAUGGCACCACAGACCUUGUUUUUCUCAGCACCUUAGACAAAGAGUGCCUGGUGGAUCUGAUGCUUUCUGCAGAGGGGGAUGAAUCAGAUGCAAAGGCUGACCGAGAAGAGGAAAUAUUCAUUGCUGAUGCACUUUCAGGAACUCUUUCUUCAGAGUCACUUAGCAAAGAGGACCAGUCAGACCAAUGCAUCUCUUCAAAGAUUCUCAGUGUUAGGGAUGCAAUUAUAUCGGAUGAUUUCCUGGAAAUAAAAGUUAAUCAGAAAGGAUGUGAGGAUCAUCAGCAAGAACCAAAGGAAUCUCUUAGUCAAGACUUAUCCUAUAUGCCUUUUAAAACCACCCAGGAUGUGGUUACUAUUCUUGGCCAGAGCUUUGAGGAAAUUUCACACAGUGGCUCACCAAGGAUGGUUGAGCAGGACAGCUCCAUCCUCCCCACACAACUUAACAUCCCUGGUAGCUCUCUAAAUCUCAGCCCAGCCCACAACAUCAAAGCCACCUCCGUUCCUUCUUACAAGACUGAUGAGAUCUCCCCAAAAUCCAAAUUACAAACAGAUGAACUCUGCAAUCCGAGCACCUCAUCCAGGCCUGAUCAUUGCAAAGCAGGCAAUUGGUGGAAACACAACACAGAGAGUAGAGCUUCCAGCGGCCUCUUAUCUGCUGCAGAGCCAGGUGUAAUGAUCUCACCGAAUAAAAAGACGUCUCCUUGUGUUCGAGGUCAAUCAUACACCUACAGUCUGGUCAGCUUUCUGGAUUUCGCUGCAAAGCAAAAAGAUGGCAAACAGGCAGAGAAAGAGGAGCCUGAGGGUUGGAGGGGGAAGGCUCCACAACAAGGAGCCAUAAGAAACGGGAGAACACGAACCCUGAAAGGCAAACGGGUGAAGAGAAGAUGAGGAUACGUCAACAAGAAGGACAGAAUUUAAAGUGAUGCAUCUUACUUUUGUA